AGUGUUCUACACGGCUUUUUCAGCUGGUGCAAGUGUAAAGAUUAUCAAUGGUGACAAUGCCAAUAUAGAAGAUCAUCCAUGGAUGGUGUCUCUUCAGUAUAGAAAUGGUGCAAAUUUUACCCACUUUUGUGGUGGAGCAAUAAUUGACAAAAGCUGGGUUCUGACAGCAGGACAUUGUAGUAUUUAUGGAUAUAAGGUGAAGGAUCAGCGAAUAGCAGCUGGCAGCUCUUUUUUGAGUCAGAUGACAACUACUGUACCUCUGAAAAACUUCUAUUUGCCGAAAAACUAUUCUGGUGUCUUUAAUGACAUCAUGCUACUGCAGCUUCAAAAACCGCUCAAAUUCGGAUCUACCAUCAAUAAAAUCAACCUUGAAACUGAUAUAGGCAAAAAUUAUACAGGAGACAUGUGCACAAUAACAGGAUGGGGUGUUAACGGUGAUGGGAAUUCGCCCGAUCGUCUGCAAAUAUUGUCUAUGCCUGCAGUCAAUAAAACAUACUGUGGAACUGCUAAUUUCAUGCCUGAGACGUUAUGGAACAACAUACUUUGUCUUCAGGAGAUUGGAAAGGAUUCAUGUACUGGCGAUAGUGGUGGACCUGUGAUUUGCAAUAACGAUAACAAGUUAGCUGGCUUACUAUCCUUUGGGCUUGGAUGUAAUGGACCUACACCAAGUGUUCAUACCAAAAUUGCUGCUUACUUAGAUUGGAUCAAAGACACAAUGAAUACGAAAAAUAAGAAGAAUACGAAAGAUAAGAAAAACAAGAAAAAUACGAAAAGCAAAGGAAAAAAGAGCAUUAAAAAUAACAGAAACAGAAAUUAAUAUGACAAUAA